GGGUUUCUGAUGACAACUGCAGGGAAAGCUUGGACCGCUGCAAAGCCCUUCUCCAUCUCCUAGAGUAGACCUGGGACCUCUCUGAGUACAGAACUGGAAUCAUAAGGGAAACUGAACCCCUACCAGGACAAAGCCCUGAGAGCCCCCUUCAAAGAGAAGCCCUCCACUCAGCAGCAAGCCCCACCCUGUGAGUGGGGAAAUUCAAGUCACCAAGAGCAGCCAUCAUUACCCCAAGUGCAGCUUGAGGCAUCAGGAAACCUGCAGCCCCCUGAGAACAGACAUUUAAGCCACCACCUACACCCCCACCCCAACAGCAGGGCCUGAAUCACCAGGAACCCCCAACCCUUCAGAGUGGAGCUUUUGUUUUCUGCAUCCCUCCUUCCAAAGGGGCAUUUGAGUCAGCACUAAACACCUUGAAUGACAAGUCACUUGUCAUUCCUUAUGGAUAGACCUUGAGUCACCAUCGGCUCCUGAGAGGAGAGCUCAAGUUGACUGGGGUCUGCCAAAAUCAGAGCUCAAGGCAACUAAGAACCUCCUGGAGAGGGGAGUGUGAGAUAAUGGGAAUCCUGUUCGAAAGUGCAGCUUCAGUCUCCAGAGUUCCCAUUUCUGGAGCAGAAUAUCCAUCCACAGAGCCUUUGCUGUUCUUUAGACUAAGUAGUAAGAGUGGGGAAGAUGCCCUUUAAGCCAGGAUUACAGAAGAGUAUUCCUCUUGCUUCAUUUCUGGGGACGUCCUGAUUUCCUCCAGCUUCACAUCCUUGCAGACAUCCUCUAGGUUCGGAAUUAAAGCCCCCAACCUCGUGUACAGCAAAGUGGGGAUGAAGCCUUGAGUCUAUUGCCAAGUAUCACAGAGCUCCCAUUCCAGUGUGGGACCUCCCUCUCUACCCCGAGAUGAUUUUGCAGCAGUGAUGGGAAAUCUGCUGCAGGUGUGACGUGCCCUCCCUGCAAGGAUGCUCUAUUGUACCUGCAUAGCUCAGAGUGAAUCAUUUGGAUAUCCAGGAGGCUCUGACGGAUACAGAAUGCACAUAAUCAAGAGAGAGGAUGAAGAUGAGACGCCACAAGCUCUUUUUGACUCUCUGCAUGGCUGGUCUCUGCCUCAUUUCCUUUCUGCACUUCCUCAAGGCCCUCUCUUAUGUCACCUUCCCCCGGGAGCUGGCUUCACUUAGUCCCAACCUUGUCUCCAGCUUCUUCUGGAACAAUGCACCGGUCACGCCACAGGUCAGUCCUGAGCCGGGGGGACCCGAGUUCCUCCGCACACCACUUUACUCCCACUCACCCUUGCUCCAGCCCCUGUCUCCCAGCAGAGCCAGUGAGGAGCUACACAGAGUUGAGUUUGUUCUGCCAGAAGACACAGCAGAGUAUUUUGUCCGUACCAAAGCCGGUGGCGUCUGCUUCAAACCAGGCACCAAGAUGUUGGAGAAGCCACCAGUGGUCCGGCCAGAGGAGAGAUCAGGUGGUGCUGCGUCUGGGCGGUCAGCCCGCAAGCCGCUGAGCGCCAGUGGGACCAAGCGGCGCAAGUGGGUGGAAUGUGUGUGCUUGCCUGGCUGGCAUGGUCCAAGCUGUGGGGUGCCCACUGUGGUCCAGUACUCAAACCUGCCCACCAAGGAUAGGCUUGUGCCACGGGAGACACCCCGGCGGGUCAUCAAUGCCAUCAAUGUCAACCACGAGUUUGACCUCCUGGACGUCCGCUUCCAUGAGUUGGGCGAUGUGGUAGACACCUUUGUGGUCUGUGAGUCUAACUUUACAGCAUACGGCGAGCCACGCCCGCUCAAGUUCCGUGAAAUGCUGCUCAAUGGCUCCUUCGACUACAUCCGCCACAAGGUGCUGUAUGUCUUCCUGGACCACUUCCCCCUCGGCGGGCGCCAGGAUGGCUGGAUUGCCGACGACUACCUGCGCACCUUCCUGACCCGGGAUGGCAUCUCCCGCCUCCGAAACCUGCGCCCGGAUGAUGUCUUCAUCAUUGAUGAUGCGGAUGAGAUCCCAGCCCGUGAUGGCGUGCUCUUCCUCAAGCUCUAUGAUGGCUGGACAGAACCCUUUGCCUUUCACAUGCGCAAGUCCCUCUAUGGCUUCUUCUGGAAGCAGCCAGGCACCCUGGAGGUGGUCUCUGGAUGCACAGUGGGGAUGCUGCAGGCCGUCUAUGCUACCGAUGGGAUCCGCCUCCGCCGCCGGGAGUACUAUACCAUGCCCGGCUUCCGGCAGUAUGAGAACAGCACGGGACACAUCCUGGUGCAGUGGUCACUGGGCAGCCCUCUCCAUUUUGCUGGCUGGCACUGUUCCUGGUGUUUCACACCAGAGGGCAUCUACUUUAAACUGGUGUCAGCCCAGAACGGGGACUUCCCCCGCUGGGGUGAUUAUGAGGACAAGCGGGACCUCAACUAUAUCCGGGAGCUGAUCCGGACUGGGGGGUGGUUUGAUGGCACCACCCAGGAGUACCCCCCCGCUGACCCUAAGGAACAGAUGUACGCCCCAAAGUACCUGCUAAAACACUACGAGCGGUUCCACUACCUCCUGGAGAAUCCCUACCGGAGGGCAGAGGUGGCCGGGUGAGGGACGUGGGGCUUGCAUGGGAAAUGAACAACACAGCGAAGGGAAAGAGUAGGGUAUUUCCUCUUUUGGGUUUUUUUUCCUGGUUUUGUUUUCAGCUGGGGUGUAUCAUUUCUCUCCAGUCUCUGCCUCUGGAGUGGAGCUGGGGGGGCAUUAUUCCCAGUCAAGUUCAUGAGGGAAGGAGAAGAAGUGGGAACCUGCCCUGGGAGCAGGCAAAAACAAAACAAAAAAACUUUGGCACAUUCCCUCUACUUUGACUGCUGAGAGAGAGGAGAGUCAUCUCAUCCAAGCAGCAGAUCCUCCUACAGGGAAGGGAUGAGAAGGAGAGAGAACGCACAGCUGCCCUCACCUCUCCCUAUGGAUCAGGGGUGCACACACACAGGAGCCUGGACUUGUCAGUGAACAGGCAGGUGCCAGCAGUGGUGUGUCUGAGAGUGUCUCGUGUGUGCUGCUAUGAGUUUGUGGAUGGGUGAGUGUGCAGAAGCAUCUUUGUAUGCAUCUAUUGUCUCUUUGUUUACCUCUGCAAUCCAAUGGUUUUUGGGUGAGGGUAGCCACCUCUCCUCCAAGGUGUCCCCCUUCCUCCCAGAAUGCAACCUCCUCCCACUAACCUAAUACCAGUACAUCUCUCCUGGGCACAGUUCUCUGUCUAAUGUGCUGCCAUGCUCAGAGCUGACAUAUAGGGGAAGUGAGGCAUAAGGUGGAACUCUACCUUUGCCACCACACUGCCUGCGUUUGCUCAGCCGGCAGAAAAUCGAGCGUGUUGUCCCUGCCUCUCAUCCAGGUUGGAAUGAGCUGCAGGGGACUUCACUAGGGAGGUCAUGUGCUGGUGAAUGUGUGGACUAGCAUGUGCAUGAGUAUUAAUGUUAAUAUGCACAGGUACAGGUAUUUGUGGGUUGGUUUGUCACCAGUAUCAGGUGGAGGAGUGAGUGUGUGUGCAUGUGUGUGUAUGUACGUGUGUGUGUACAAGUGUCCAUAGUGGUGGGAGCAUGGUAGAAUCCAGAAGUUGUGCUCUUUACUUAGGUUUUAAGGAUGUUCAGGGAACCCUCUACAAGCCUGCUGGGUGUAGUGGGAGGCCGGGAAGCUGUGAGCUCUGUGCGCCAGUGCUCUUUAAAGGGACCUGUUCAGAACCAGCUCAGGAUGUGCGGGUAAGGGUAGGCAUGCCUUAGGGAAGCCCUGAAAGCCAAGCUGCUGCAAAGGGAAUGUCCACAGGAGGGACCCUCCCUCCACAAAGUCACAGUAAAAUAUAAAUGCUGUUCAUUCCUUGUCUCUGUGGAGUAAAUAGAAAGGUAAAGGGCAAUCCCCUUCUCCUCCCCCUGAAUCCAGCCUAGCAGCAGGAAAGAACAAGAUGUGAAAUAUAUCCCAGCCUGGUACCUGUCUGGUUACUCCCAAGAUGGGAUGACCAUCCGGGGAGGCUUACUAGGAAAAGCCUACUGGCAGGCUACUCCUGCAGCGCUGUGCUGCUGCAGCAGGGGUGCAAGCUGUCAGGGAGGUGUACAAUCCAGACUUGUCACCAGGACUGUCUAGGCAGAGUUGUGAACAAAGGAAUGUGUGAGAUUAGAUUUAGGAACCAAACAAAUAGAAGCCCAUGAGCUAAGCUCUCUAUCCUUGUUACACAUUUCCACCUCCCAUUGUUGGGGAUAUUCACAUCAUGGCCUGCUUGCUUCCAAGUCUGGUUUGGGUUUUUGAGGCAAUGUCCACCCCUCCCUCUAUUCUCACAAAAGGCUCCCGUGUUUGGGAAGCACAUCAGGGGUCAGGUACAGCAUGAGCCUCCUGUUAGUUAUCCUGACAGAUAAGGGAAUGGAGAAUGAAGGGAGUGAUAGGGUCCUGUUCCAAGCAGGAACUUGGUGGUAGAGAAAGGAACUUAGCAGGAGAAAUUCGUUUUCUUCUGCUCUUCACAUGAAUAACUUCUAAUCGUUUAGGGUAAAGCCAAACCAAUCUGGGUUGUUUGGUUUGUGUGACUAUCCCACGUCUGUUGUGCUUAGUGAAAUAGAUCUCCUCUGAGCUAAACAUUUUACUGUUUUUAUUGCCCCUUUAUUGCAUGUGUGCUUCGGUCAGAAGACUGUGAUGAUGGUCUGUACAUGCAGAAGAGACAGCAGAGGCAGAGUAAGCCUGGAAAGGAGCAGGCUAAAAGUGCAGGUUUUCCAGUUGUUUGUGGGUGUAUGAGGGAGAGGUCUGCUUUAACCAGAGCUGGGUUGUAUAUUAUUUGACGCAGCAAAGAUCUGAUAAGCUACUGGCUCUCUGCCCUCAUGGAUGUUCUGCUUCCCCAGGAAGACUGGUGGUAAACAGAUAACAAUGAAGAACAAUUCUUCUUCCCCUGCAACCCUAUUUUUUUGCCAACUCUGCUGCAGUCGUGUCUAGAUACCCUUUCACCCUCAAAAUGUGUUAGGGCAGUGUUGAACUAUGGAUGGGGCAAGUCUCACUCCUCUUUCUGUUUGCCUUAGUAUGCUCUCCCCUCCUUCAUUGUUUUUAAGGCAUGAACCCUACCACCUGUUAUUCCUGAAGAGGGAUGGGGUCUUUCCAGGUUAUUUAUAAACAAGGGUGGGAACAUGGAUGUUAUUAUUUUUGGAUCAGGCAAGUCCCUCAUACUGGAAGGAAUAUAGGGGAAGGUCCUCCCUGCCCCUGUCACUGGUGUAUGUGUGUUUAAUCCCUGGGGAUGCUUAAAUAAAAAUACUGAAAUGGUAUCCUGACAGGUGCCAGAUACAAAGGAAAUACUGCUCAAAGCUCUGUUUGGUAUGGAGGGAGAAAUGUUCCAGUUCUCUGCUCCACUGCUGUUGUUUCCAGUAUUUUGCUUUACAUUGCUGGGGGGGGGGGGGGGGUCACUGCAAUGCCUUUCAUUUCCUGGAAGCACUUGGAGAAUAAUAGUUUCUCCUUCUCUGGUAGGAAAAUACAGAGGCUCUGACUCAUUCAUUUAAUGUAGCAGGUAUAGGUGGAGCUCAGAGCAGAGCUGGUAUUGAAGUAUCCAAGACCCCGAUACCUCAGCCAGGAUAUCCUCAUGGGGUAGUAGUAGCUGCUUCUGUCCCUCUGGAACCACCUGCCCUUGAUGUCCCCUUCUUACCCCUAUUCUUCUGUGGCUGCUACAGAACAGAUCUGCACUGUGAGGGGCCCUGGAGCUGAUCAUUCCUGGUCCUGUUAGCAAACACUGGUUAGGAGAGGAGUGGGGAAGAGAAAGUGGACUUCACCAACCUCAAAAUUGGUGGCAGGAAAGGAAAGGGCUGGGAGACAUAAGGAUUCCUCUCCCCCACCCCCACCCCCUUCUCCAUCCAUCCCUCAAUCUUUUUAUUCAGAAAGGCCUGUAAUUUCUCUGAGAAGUUGGAGGAGCUUGCCAUUACUGUGAAAACAUAGGAGGAGUUUAAAUUGGCGCAUGAUAUAAUUCCACCAUGGAGAAGAGAGGGAGUAGAUGAUAAUGCAAUACGCUUCAGCAGAGACUAUCCAGACUGCAAGUGAUGGCUACAAAAAGGAAAACCUGAGCUGCAAAUGCAAACCACUGUCCGUCCUCGUCCCUGAGGGAGUGAUCUUGCUUUGUCCUCCAGGAAGCAAUCUGCUGGCAUAUCCCUCAGUGCCAACACGUUCCUUCAGCAUUGCCCAGAGCACCCUCCUUUUGGAAAAGGAAUGUGUGGACUUGCCAAAAAGAAACCAAACAAAGCUCCUUUCAACUCUGUAAUUUAUAAAACGCUGGUAAUAAUAAUAAAUUUUUGUAAGGAUAAAUCAAAUGUACAUUCUGAAAUCAUUUUCUCUGUAAAUGGUUGGAUUUCAUUUCACCCUUAAAGGGAUGCUUAAAAGGAGGAGUUAAUGAUAAUAAAAGAUUUACUAAGUAUGGAGGAAAACUGGAA